GAGUAAGGCGAUAAAGUCUGACCUCAGUUUUUCAAAACAAACAGUACUGACGUGAGCUUUUAACUUGUACUGGAUCUAGAAAAGUAACAGGGAGUCGUUUUAAUCUUUAAGCACAGUGGGUCGCAAAUACUUUGUCUACGUACAGUUGUUUAUUCCACGUAGUUUUUUACUUUUUGUGUUGACAGAAACUUCGGUAUGUUGUCAUCGAUAUUUUCUUCGAGUAUGAAGCGUGUCACGUGUGAAGACAUCAUUUUCCAUCAAUGAAAUGGGAUUUACCGGUACGAGGGAAGUGUCGUGGGACUGUACGUCUGUGUCAGCUGGGAAAUCAACCCCGUGAAGCCGCUCGGAUACUUGAACGCGUUUAUUUGUAUUAUUCAUGGAGACUGUUGGGAAGUUUGAGUUCAACAGGAAAGACCUGAUUGGUCACGGUGCCUUUGCAGUUGUGUUCAAAGGCAGACAUAAAGAGAAACGUGACUGGGUAGUUGCUGUAAAAUGUAUCAACAAGAAAAACUUGGCCAAAUCGCAGUCUUUGCUUGGUAAAGAAAUCAAAAUAUUGAAGGAACUCAAACAUGAAAACAUUGUCAGACUUCUUGACUUUCAGGAAAUGGGAGGGUGUGUGUAUCUCGUCAUGGAGUACUGCAAUGGAGGCGACCUGGCAGAGUACCUUCACUCUAAGGGCACAUUAAGUGAGGACACCAUCCGCGUAUUCCUGCAGCAGAUCGGUCAGGCCAUGAAGGUCUUGCAGAGCAAAGACAUCCUCCACAGAGACCUCAAACCUCAGAACAUCUUGCUCUGCCACCCAGAGGGGCGCAGGUCCAGCCCCAUCAAUACCUCUAUUAAGAUAGCUGAUUUUGGGUUUGCACGUCAUCUCCAGACGAACACUAUGGCAGCCACGCUGUGUGGCUCACCCAUGUACAUGGCUCCUGAGGUCAUCAUGUCCCAGAACUAUGAUGCCAAGGCUGAUCUGUGGAGCAUAGGUACCAUUGUGUACCAGUGUCUGACUGGAAAGGCUCCAUUUCACGCCAGCACGCCGCAGGAGCUCCGUCUGUUUUAUGAAAGUAACAUGACUGUUUUACCCAGCAUCCCAAAGGAGACUUCUUCUAACCUAAGACACUUAAUGUUGGGGCUGCUGCAGAGAAACCACAAAGAACGGAUCGGCUUUGAUGAGUUUUUCCACCAUCCUUUCUUGGAGAAGUGCUCAUCCACAAAGAAAUCUUCUCCAGUUCACGUGAUCUCUUUCCCCAGUUCAGGCUCAGUCAGUUCCUCUAGCAGCUCUCCAACAUCCCAACUGACCUCCCCUCAACAUUCCGGUGGAGAAAUGCACCGACUUCAACCCAAAGCACAGUAUUCGCCUACACAGGACACACACAGCUUCUUUCUGAAAGAAAUAGCCAAUCAAGACAGUCGGAACGCCUCAUCUUACUCAGAAGACUAUGUCAUGGUGCAUGCCCAGUUUCCAAGUGAGUGCACAGGUGAGGUGGAAGAUGGGUCACCCAUUGACAGUUGCCUGAUAUACAGUGGAAGCUCACCACUGGCUGAGAGAGUUCCCACCAAUGCAGGAAAGACGGCUCCACCCUCUACCCUGCUACACUCUCCCUCCAAGCCUGUUAGCAAGCCUGUUGCAAUUGUUGUCCGUAAGUGCAGCCCCUCGGCGCCUAUUCCUGUCCCAACUCAGAUCCACAACUACCAGCGUUUGGAACAGAACCUGCAGUCCGUUGGCCUGCAUGGCUCCACCAGUUCCCCACAAUGUGGAGGCUGUAGAGCUCCAAGUCCAGGAUUUAUCCUCAACUCCCCACGGCUGACAGCAGGAGGAGCCCGACCACAGCAGUCCUCCCCGCUUGUGGGAAUGACCUCAAAGACCUCAGAGCAGUCUCUCCCUCUCAGCACAAUAACUGGACUACUGGCUGGCUCUCCAGACAGGCAGGACACCUCCAGUCCCAAGGUUAAAUCAAGAACGCCAAUGCGAAUCAGGACAGUCCUAGACCUGCAAUCCCUUGACCCAUCUCCUGCUUCUCAGAUCAACCUCAGCCCAAAAUCAGCCAAUAAAAAUGUCCCUUUCAGAAGAUCACUGAGCACAGGCAGGCUGUCUGACAUGCUAUUGAAGGCGGCCUUUGGAGCUCACCUUUUUGAAGAGGACAGCGACGAGAGCCUCACUUCUGAGAAAAGCCUGGAUAUAACAGCUCCACCUACUGGUCGUCAUAGAGGCUUUCAGUACUCAGACAGCCCACCUCCUGCAGUCUUCAUAAUGGGUUCUCAAUCCAGAGGGAACACUCCUCCGGAUGCCACGGUGCCAAGAAUGUUCUCAGGCUCCCCCAGCUACAUUAACUCAGCCUGGCUGCUGAACAGUCGCCUUCUCCAGGGAGGAAGCCGUAGAAACAGUGAGACUGAAGCUAUGGACGCUACUCCACACAGCAGUCUGGUCUUUCACCCUCCAGAGCUCCCGGAAGAAACCCUGAUGGAGCAAGCUCACACAGAUGAACUGAAUGAACUGCGUUUCACUGUGGCUUUUGUCCACUGUGUCAUGGAAUUGGCUUUGUCUAAGGACUCAGGGCUGGAUGCCAUCAGCAGUCCUGAUAUUUCCUUUCUAGAGCAGAGCUUGGUGACGGAUCAGAUCAGCCUUCUGAGUAGAGAAUGGGGCUAUGCAGAGCAGUUAGUGUUGUACAUGAAGGCUGAAGAGUUUCUGUCAUCAGCACUGCACUCUGCUAAAGAAACUAUCAAACAAGGCCGACUCCUUCCCUCUGCAACAGUCAAACAGGUGAUAAGGAAGCUGAAUGAAUUGUACAAGAGCUGUGUAACAUACUGUCGCACUCUCAACCAUCGCCUGCAGACAUUCUUGCUUGACAAACAAAAGCUUAUAGACCGCUUCAAUGGACUCACAGCAGAGAAGCUCAUCUACAGCCACACUGUGCACAUGGUACAGUGUGCUGCCCUAGAUGAGAUGUUCCACUAUGGCACAGCAUCAGUCCAGCGUUACCACAAAGCACUUUUGCUGAUGGAGGGUCUGUCCCGAAUCAUCACAGAGCAGAAGGACAUCGACAGCAUAGAGAAAUGUAAGCAGUGUAUCGAGCGACGCCUUUCUGCUCUGCGGACUUAGCAGUAGCCAUGGGCUCUACAACUGCGUCCACACCUAGAUUGUCAAUACACACAAGCACUUUGAUCUGUCUUAAGGGAAAUGACCACUGGAGCAUCUGCUCUUAUCCCACCAGCCAGUCUGUAAUCUUUACAUAAAUGCACAAAAAGACUGAAAGUCCUGUUUUGGACAAAUUCUAGAAGACAGAUCGUGUCAUGAUUGUUUUAAUACUUUGAUCCGGUUUAUUGUCACAGUAUUUGUUUUGUUUUGUUCCAGAUUUAAUAUGUUAGUGUGUUAUUUUGUGUUUUGCACAUAGAAUAAUCAGAUUAAAUAAUAACUAAUUUGUAAUGUGUUGUACUUGAAGCAAAUGUUAUUGAGCUGUUUUCUGUAUUUGAAGGGUUGGUGUUAUGUGUACUGUAAAAGUACACCAGCCAACAGGAGUCCGAAUAUUUUGGAUGAGAUGACCAAAUGUGUAGCAGUAAUAUUAAAACUGUGCCUAUUUCUUUUAUUACAUUGUUCAUCCCACCAGAGUAGUGGAUGUAAAGGUAAUGAAAGUAUGUCUUAACCUCAUACAGAAUGAUUGUCUUACAGUCAGACUUACAUCACAGACUGCAAUAAGUAUAUUUAGAUUUUUAAAUGAAAUUUGUGUUUAACUGAUUCAACAAUGCCCUCUGUUUGUGGUGUUGUACUCAAUCAUGUACUUUAAGUGACAUUAACUGCAUGCCACAUUGCUUAUGUUUAUCUGCUGUUUCUUUGUGUGUAUGUGUGCAAAUUAGUUUAUUUCCCCCAACUGUUUGGAUAAUGGAUUACUGGAAAAAUAAUGUUAAUUUGUGAAUACAUUUGUACACAAUUGUGUGACAGUUUAUCAGUUUAUUACAAUUCAAUAUUCAAUAUUUUUUGAAAAUGUUAUUGUUAAAACAAAAGUUUGUUAGAAUUUAUCUUUGUCUUUUCUACUUGUUUUUAUGACUGCCAGUCAAUUUUGCCAACAUAAAUUGUUACGCACUGUGUGAUGAAAAUAAAUAAUAUUUAUUCUCAA